GCCCCAGCUGCUAGAUGAACACAGACACAUUCAGAGCUGCACAUAGAGCUUAAGGUCACUGCAUAGAGUUGCUGCUACAUUUUCCCAUCAUCCUCCUCUUCCUCCAGUUGAGGACUGCAGGCGCUCAGAGACUGGGGCUCACCACAGUGAACUCAGCGGCGAGGCUUUGUGAAUAUGACCUUAGGACCACAGAAACCACUGUUGGAUGUAGAAGCUGAUAGGUUUCCUUUGUUAUGAUGCAGAGCUGAAGCUUCUGCCCCACUGACGGCCUGUCUUCUCUCCCCCCACAGGGAAGCAGAAACAGAAAGUGACGGAGCACGUUCCCCCGUACGACGUGGUUCCUUCCAUGAGGCCCGUGGUGCUGGUGGGACCGUCGCUCAAGGGUUAUGAGGUCACCGACAUGAUGCAGAAGGCUCUGUUCGACUUCCUCAAGCACAGAUUUGACGGCAGGAUCACCAUCACGCGGGUCACGGCCGACAUCUCUUUGGCCAAAAGGUCCGUCCUCAACAACCCCAGCAAGCGGGCCAUCAUCGAGAGGUCCAACACGCGCUCCAGCUUAGCCGAGGUCCAGAGCGAGAUCGAGAGGAUCUUCGAGCUGGCGCGCUCACUGCAGCUGGUCGUCCUGGACGCAGACACCAUCAACCACCCCGCCCAGCUGCUCAAGACCUCCCUGGCCCCCAUCAUCGUCCACGUCAAAGUGUCCUCGCCAAAGGUUCUUCAGCGGUUGGUCAAAUCCAGAGGGAAGUCUCAGAGCAAACACCUGAACGUCCAGCUGGUGGCGGCAGACAAACUGGCUCAGUGUCCCCCGGAGAUGUUUGACGUCAUCCUGGACGAGAACCAGCUGGAGGACGCCUGCGAGCACCUGGCAGAGUAUCUGGAGGCGUACUGGAAGGCCACCCACACCUCCCUGGCCACGCCCCUCAACCCCCUGCUGGGCCGUAACCUGGGCUCCACGGCUCUGACCCCCUUCUCCACCAGCAUCUCCGGCCUGCAGCAGAGCCAGAAGCUGCGGCAGAGCAACCAUGCCGGAGACCACGCCACCCCCAACGAGCGCCGGAACCUGAUGGCGGCGGACGAGAACUACCACAACGAGCGGGCGCACAAAGGCCGCAACCGCAUGUCGUCGGGCUCGCAGCACAGCAGGGAACAGCAGGACCCCUACCAGGACUACCCGGACCCGUACCAGGACGCCUACAAGCCGCACCGCAACCGCAGCUCCCCGGGCGGCUACAGCCACGACUCCCGGCAUCGACUCUGAGCCCACCAGGGCCGCCGCCUGGGCCGCCGCCAGGGCCACCGCCGGGGCCACCGCCGGGGCCACCGCCGGGGCCACCGCCGGGGCCGCGGUGACCCGGAGUCAACAGGAGGAUCCCCCACUCCACUUUUUUAAAGAACCUUCCGGCUGCGCAGAGGAGAUGGGAUGUCUGAGCGCCGGCAGAUCCACUCAGAACCCUGAGACGGCGGCGGCGCCUGGAGCAUGGCGGCAGAUCCAGGGACAGCCCCCCAGGCCUUGUACAAACCUCCACCUUUAGCUUACUGCAUGCUGAUAGAUGACCCACCUCUGCAUCCACCCAGAUGACCUUCUGGACCUUCAGGACGGGUCGUCCCGGUGGCCCGGCGGAGCGGUUCUGCCGUUCAGGUAGCUUUGAUUCUGGUGCUUCACAUUCCCAAACCGAUUUGCUGCUGGAGGAAGAGGAGGAGGAGGAGAACCAGGAGGAGGAGGAGGAGGAAGGCCAGCUUUUCUGUAGCGUAGCUUUAGCAUCUCAUCUCAGUGAGCAGAACCCAGACCCGGUUCUGAGGCGGAACAGCAGCCGGUCUCUCUGACAGCAGCAAAUAUCUGAUGCAUUUCCAGAACUUUCUGUUGGUUUUGGAGCUUCAGGCCCACAGAGACUCCUUCAAAAUAAGAUCAGAACUCUUUUCUGAAGCGGCGGGUCCACGGGUCCGGCUCGGCGCCGCUGGCAUGUUGUCCGGACUGCAGAGCAUGCUCUAUCCAACCUUAAAUAGCCCCCCCCUUCCUUUUUCUGAGGUGAUGUUGAUCAAAUCGACCCCCCCACCCCCCAUGAAAGAAGAGCAAAAUAAAAACCUGAAGUCCCAAAGCAGCAGUCCUGCGUGGUGAGGGGGCGGAGUCACAGAGCGGCUCCCGCCUGAAACACGGAAACCACCUGUUUACUUUAGAGAAACGAGGUGGGGGCUCCCGCUCUACCACUGCUGGGGGUUCAAACCCCUCUGUGUGUGUGUGAAUGUGUGUGCAUGUGUGUGCACGAAUGUGUGUGUGUGUUCUAAUGUGUGUGUGUCAGUGUGACAUUUCAAAGUGUCUAGACAUUUACGACUUUCUUUUCGUCUUCCUCAGUUUCCGAUUCUUCAUCGUUUUGUUUUCUAAGCGUUAAAAUCCCAUGAUGCAUUGCUCCCACAGCUAAAAAAAGUUCAGACUAUCGUCCAAUAAAUGCAAAUGUGCUGCAGGUCUAGCAGGUGGAUGGAGCAUGGUUACCAUGGUUACCACCUCACAGCAUCUCCUCCUGAAUCCGUCUCAUGGAGGUUCUGGUCUCUGAGUUUGUGAAAAAUGUCGAUUUUAAAAGAUUCUAGUUUUUCUUUUUUAA